AUGGAAGCCCAGCCAGUGGUUGAAGAGUCAUGUAUAAUGCACGGUGACACCAUUCUCUGUCUAUCCAGUUUGGUGGGAAUGAAAACCUAUGGAGAAUCCUGCACCUUGAAAUGUUAUGAGUGUAUACCUGAUGGCCCUGAAACCUGCGAAGACAAAGAAGUAGCAUGCCCUCCAUUGGGUAAUCAAUGUGCUACUAUCAGAGUCAUCUCAUACGUAGGUCGUGUCAAAAAUUCUGAUGAGCAAACGAAAGGUUGUCUUUUGGCCGAACAGUGUGCUGCGAGCUCACUCAACUUUGGAACUUCCAGAAUCAUAGUUUCCACCGAUUGUUGCUCCACUGACCUCUGCAACGUGAAUGAUACCUCUGAGCCAAGCAGACCCAGUUCCAAUGGUAAAAAGUGCUAUUAUUGCAAUGGCCCGCAAUGCAGAUCAACUCUGAACUGUGAGGGGAAUGAGGACUACUGCAUCACAGCAAAAGUGACGAUCGAAAAUACAAGAACAACCUCGAUGGGUUGUGCCUCUAAGCAGAUGUGCUUCGGUAAGACAAGUGAGGGGUUUCAACAAUCUGUGAAAGCAAACUUCAGCUGCUGUCAGGGUGACCUCUGCAACGGUGCCAGCAGCACACAUGCCGGCCUCCUGCUCCUGGUGGCACUGUUUGUCUCUUUGGUUACAUUCUCUUAACUGCUGAUGGCAGCAUCACUUCUCAUUUUCACAGGGCCUCAUAGU